GUCUCGUUCUUUUGCAUUUCCACCCAUAAGCUAAAACUAUGUCCAAGGCUAAGGUGACCUUAGGGGUGGAAACCACCCCUGCCGUGGCCAGGAUCAACGGCCGUCCUGUUCUUCAACCUACUUGCAACCGUGUUCCUAGUCUAGACCGCCGUAAUUCACUCAAAAAAGUGUUACCAAAGUCAUCUCCACCACCUCCUCCUCCACUCCCAUCACCACCAAAGGCCUCCUUGACCCCUCCUAUAUCACCCAAGUCCAAGUCCCCCAGACUCCCUGCCAUUAAGCGGGGAAGUGACACCAAUGGGCUCAAUUCUAGUUCUGAGAAGGUUGUUAUUCCUAAAAACAGCAUCACAAAGACCUUGGAAAGGAAGAAAUCAAAAAGUUUUAAGGAAGGUGAGGCAUCAUUGAGCUAUACUUCUUUGAUCCUAGAGUCACCAGGGAGCAUAGCCGCGGUGAGGAGGGAACAAAUGGCACUUCAACAGGCAGAAAGAAAGAUGAGAAUUGCUCAUUAUGGAAGAUCAAAAUCUGCCAAGUUUGAAGCCAAGGUUGUUCCUCUGGAGACCUCAACUUCAGAAGAAACAGAGUCAAGUGAGGAGAAGAAGAGAUGCAGCUUUAUCACAUCCAAUUCAGAUCCAAUCUAUGUUGCUUAUCACGAUGAAGAGUGGGGAGUUCCAGUCCAUGAUGACAAGAUGUUGUUUGAGUUGCUAGUUUUAAGUGGGGCUCAAGUUGGGUCAGAUUGGACUUCAAUCUUGAAGAAAAGACAAGAUUUCAGGGAUGCAUUUUCAGGAUUUGAUGCAGAAGCCAUAGCCAACUUCACAGAUAAACAAAUGAUGGCAAUUACCUCAGAAUAUGGGAUUGAAAUAAGCCGAGUUCGCGGUGUAGUUGACAAUUCUAACCGAAUUCUCGAGGUUAAGAAAGAGUUUGGAUCAUUUGAGAAGUACAUAUGGGGGUUUGUGAAUCACAAGCCAAUUUCUACCCAGUACAAAUUUGGUCAUAAGAUCCCAGUCAAGACCUCAAAAUCAGAGAGCAUAAGCAAGGACAUGGUGAGGAGGGGGUUCCGGUUUGUUGGACCAACUGUGAUCCACUCCUUCAUGCAAGCUGCGGGUCUAACCAACGACCACCUCAUCACGUGCCACAGGCACCUCCCAUGCACCUUGUUAGCAGCCCGCAAGCCAACUGAAGCUCAACUAUAGAAUUGGUUAACAUUCAUGGGACUAAAUAACAAAGUACUAAAAGUGCAAAUAUAAGAUCAUUUUCUGACUAAUGGUUUUACUUUUUAUGGCUUUGUACAAGAUAUAGAUGGAGAAAAGAAGAAGAAAAAAAACCUGGUGAAAAAUAGGGUUUUGGUGACUUGGGUUUUAAUGAUAGUGAUUGAGUGUUUUGAAGUAGAUUAGGGAGGGGAUGGUGCUGUGAGGGAGGAGACAGAGAGCAUGUGCAAGUGUUGGACAAUGUCAUGUGUGGGUUGUCAGUUUGCUUUUUUAUUCCAUGUGACCAUCACACUUUGCAUUAUUAUUUGGGGCAUUCCUUCAACAGGCUGUUUUCAGUAGGACCACAUACCAUCUUCCCUAUUGGUUUGGGCUUGAGUUGUAUUUUCUGACCUUUGGGGGAAUAUUAGUGCCCCAUGGUGUAUUGGCUUUUGGGUGUGAGACUUUUGCGUGCUGUAUGAGUAAUUUGAUACCAUUUGUCAUGUGCUUCUCCUACUGAUUGCUUAGAAAAUACCCUUCGACAAGAUAAGCAUUAUAUUCUCUCCCAUGUGCAACUGCAUGUGCCAACAUCCUUUUCACAUUGUAAAGAUUGAAGAAUAAAAAAACAAAGAAAGA